AUGAUGUUCAAGAAGCGUUCAUCUGCCGAUGUCUCGACGCUCGGGGGGCCGCCGGGUCCCGGUGGACGUGGUCAAUUGCCUAUGCUUCAGAUGCCGGACAAGAUGAGGUACAACUUGCUGUGUGUGAUGGGCGAGUUCGUGGGAACGUUCAUGUUCCUGUUCUUCUCGUUUGCUGGCACUCAGGUAUCCAAUACACCUAUGCCGGCACCGGGAUCGCCGCCUAAUACUUCAAACCUCUUAUACUCGUCACUUGCCUUUGGUUUCUCGUUGACUGUCAAUGUCUGGGCAUUCUUCCGUGUGACUGGUGGUCUCUUCAAUCCGGCGGUUACCCUGGCUCUUGUCAUUACUGGUGGCAUGCCCCCGUUACGUGGUCUAUUCGUUUUCCCCGCUCAAUUGGUCGGUGGAAUCGCAGCGGCAGGUGUAGUUAGCUGUCUCUUCCCAGGACCACUGAACUGUUCAACUCGCCUGGGUGGCGGAGCGUCUAUCUCGCAGGGUCUCUUCAUUGAGAUGUUCCUCACUGCGCAGUUAGUCAUUGUCAUUAUCAUGCUGGCAGUUGUGAAGCACAAGUCCACCUACUUAGCUCCUGUAGGAAUUGGUCUGGCAUUCUUCGUGGCGGAACUGAUCGGCGAUUACUAUACCGGAGGAUCCUUGAAUCCCGCGCGCUCCCUUGGACCGGAUGUUAUCAACCGUUCAUUCCCCGGAUAUCACUGGAUCUACUGGGUUGGCCCUCUUCUCGGUUCUCUUCUCGCUUCCGGGUUCUAUGGACUCCUCUGUCUCGUGCGCUGGCAGAACAUCAACCCGGGUCAGGACCAUAACGAGUGGGAAGCCCAGGCAAGAAAGCAGUCAAUGGUUCCAUCCGAGACUACCAUGACCGAUCAAGUUCACUCUGAUGAGGCUCGAGCUCCACACCAGCGUGAGGCGAGUCGAGAGCUUCUUCCUGAGCACCAGGUGUAA